ACAGUGUGCCUAGUUAGAUUUUUUCCCGAGCCUGACCGAACACGACCGAUUCCAGCCGAGCAUGCUCGAAACAUGUGAUUGGUGGAAAGCCGACGCGACGGCGAAAGACACGAGAGACGCAAGCGACAGAUGUAAAAUAACUUCACGCUUCUGUCGGGUAUUUCCAUGGUUGUUCAUUCGUUUUUUAAGUUACACAGCGAGCUGGACUGUCGUUGCGAUUUGUCGAUCGGGAACGAUUCUCGCGAUAAGUCCAGAAAAAUAUUGCUGAACGUCGGUUAAAAACGUGUACGUAGCUACUGACACAUCGGUCAGGCGGACUGGACUCGGUGAGUGAACGAAAGAGAAAGAAAAAGAGAGAGUGUGAGAGAGAGAGUGGGAGAAAGGGAAGAAAGAGGAAGGAAGAGGAUACAGCGUGAAACACCAGAGUACUGACGUGUUGCAAACGUACCGGACGUGUGCGGCCAAACACACCGAUGAAAAUACGUGUUGCGAUACGCGCGCGAAUUUUACCGUUCGUUUGAGAAUGUUUUAAUUACAUGGAGGCCCUCGCAGUCUUAAUCGAGCCUUUCGCCAGUGUAACAAAACGUCUCGACGUUACAUCUGAAGAUUAGCCGUUUUUAACAGACAUAUCGAGGGACGUAACGUCGACAAAGAAAUGUUGAAGUUUAUCAGAGGGAAGGGCCAACAACCUACGGCCGAGCGACAGAAACUGCAGAAAGAUCUUUUCGCUUUUCGGAAGACGGUGCAGCAUGGAUUUCCAAACAAGCCCACAGCCCUCGCGUGGGAUCCAAGUCUGCGAUUGAUGAUCAUCGGUACGGCAUCCGGCGCAAUCAAAGUAUUCGGUAGGCCAGGUGUAGAAUUCUAUGGACAGCACACUAUCGAAAGUGGAGAGAAUGCUGUCACGAAGAUCGUUGCUCUACCCAAUGAGGGUCGCGUGGUUUCACUCUGCGACGACAACUCUCUUCAUUUGUGGGAGAUCAACGAGAGUUCGCUCGUGGAGACCAAGUCGCUGUCGUUGGAAGGCAAAUUGAAGAAAAUCUCCGCGAUGUGUCUGGAAUCGAGCGGCGAGCAUCUUCUCCUUGGAACGGAGGGCGGCAAUAUCUACCUGCUCAACUUGAAAACGUUUGUGAUGCCUGACAAUAUCAUUUACCAGGACGUGGUGAUGCAAAACGUGCCAGAUGACUACAAGAAGAAUCCAGGAGCGGUCGAGGCGAUAGCGGAACAACCAGGUCACCCGGACAAUAUUCUGAUAGGUUACAAUCGUGGUUUGAUGGUUUUGUGGAACAAAGCGACUCCAGGAGCCCAACAGCUGAUGGGUUUGUUUUCGCGUGCGCAGACAUUCGUCUCCACGCAACAACUGGAAUCGGUCCACUGGAUCUCCGAAACCCGUUUCGUUUCCUCCCACAACGAUGGAUCCUAUGCAUUUUGGAGUCCAGGCAGUGACAGCAUGCUGGAGUCGACUACGCUUUACGGACCAUUUCCCUGCAAAGCCAUCACGAAAAUUCUCGUCUAUGCGACCGCAGAGCUCGGAGAGCUCGUUUUAUUUUCGGGUGGGAUGCAACGUGCGAGUUACGGCGAUCGUUGCACGAUCACCGUUAUGGCAAAGGGGAAGCACGUUGUUUUUGAUUUCACAUCAAAAGUGAUCGAUUUCUUCACUGUGUUUUCUAAACCAGAGGAUGGGAAAGAUGCAUCGGAUAAUCCAGAAGCGCUUGUGGUACUGGCCGAAGAGGAGAUAGUAGCCAUUGACUUGAAUAAUCCCGAAUGGAAGAUGAUGGCAUUGCCUUAUCUAGUGUCCCUCCAUGCGAGUGCGGUCACCUGUUCGCAACACGUACCAAAUGUUCCCGACGAAUUGUGGGAAAAUAUUAUUGCAGCUGGAAAGGCACAAACGGAACAUCUAUACUCGGAUAAACCAUGGCCUAUAGAUGGUGGGAUUAUUCUUAAUCAAAAAUCGAAAAACGACAAGCCGAAAGAACUGUUGCUUACCGGUCACGAAGAUGGAACCGUCAGAUUCUGGAACGCGUCUGACGUUGCUCUGACGCCUCUCUACAAGUACAAUUCAUCUAUCUUAUUUGUCGGCGAACAUUUGGACGUUCUUGAGCAACCACCGGAGGAUGACGAAGACGAAUGGCCCCCAUUUAGAAAAGUUGGAACCUUUGAUCCCUACUCGGAUGACCCGAGAUUGGCUGUAAAGAAAGUUUCUCUUUGUCCAUUAACGUCAAGGCUAGUUGUUGCUGGCACAGCUGGUCAUGUAAUUACAGCCGUCAUAUCAACAGAACCGAUCAACAAACAGAUCAAAGCCGUUACAAUGAACAUUGUGAAUGACCGUGAUGGGUUUGUUUGGAAAGGUCAUGAUCAUCUUCCUGCAAGGACAACCAAUAUAUCUUUCGCAGUUGGUUUUCAACCGCAAAAUCUUCUUCAAUUAUAUCCACCAGCUGCGGUCACAGCAUUGGCUGUACAUAGUGAAUGGGGUCUGCUUGCAGCAGGUACGGCGCAUGGUUUAGCCGUUUUCGAUUAUACAAGAGCAAAAGCUGUUAGCGUGAAAUGUACACUCAAUCCAAAUGAUCUUUCCGGAGCAGGAGACACACCGAUCAGUAGAAGAAAGUCGUUCAAGAAAUCAUUGAGAGAAUCCUUUAGAAGAUUAAGAAAAGGAAGAUCGCAGCGUCGAACAAACGCCACUAGUCCAACCAGGACUACAACGCUAGAAAAGAAAAAAGAAACGUCCAGUAUUGCUUCCUCUCCGAGUGGUGACUUUUCACCUGUAGAAUUAAAGCCUGUGGAAAGACAAGUGGAAGCAAGACCUAUAGACGAUGUAUUGGGAUCAAUGGUUCGAUGUUUAUAUUUUGCUAGGAGUUACAUUAUAAGCAUGCAAAACACUACGCCUACGCUUUGGGCAGGUACAAAUAAUGGUACAGUUUAUGUUUUCACAUUAGCAAUUCCUGCUGGUUCCAGAAGAACAGAAGAAGAUGUAAAUUGUACAUUAGGAAAAGAGAUUCAAUUAAAGCACAGAGCACCUGUAAUUGCAAUUGCAAUUCUCGAUGGGUCUAGCAUACCAUUGCCAGAACCAUUUGAAGCCGAGAAAGGCGUAAGUCCUCAGCCCGACAUCGCCUCUCCACACAGAGUUAUAAUCGCUAGCGAAGAACAAUUCAAAAUCUUUAAUCUUCCAUCCUUGAAACCGUAUUGUAAAUACAAACUUACCGCACACGAGGGUUCACGAGUGAGAAAAACGGGUUUUGCGAAAUUCGUGUGCUCACUGGAAUCUACGGGAACCCAUGAGGAAACCUGUUUAUUAUGCUUAACCAAUCUUGGUGAUUGUUUAGUUCUCAGUAUUCCCGAAUUAAGGAGGCAGCUUAACGCCGCUGCCAUUAAGAAGGAAGACAUUAAUGGAAUUUCUUCGUUGACGUUCACGAAAGCUGGAGAGGCAUUAUAUCUGUAUUCAAGUUCAGAACUGCAGCGAAUUUCAUUGUCGGUUAAUAAAGUGACGAAAGCAUACUGUGCGCUAAACUUACCACCAAACGCUAGAUUAUCUUCCGAAGUUAACAACGGAGAAACUCAGGAGCAAGGUGUAGUCGAAGGUACGGCAGAAACGGAAGGUGAGACUACACAGGGAAGUCAACCAAUUACGGCACAGAGGAUGAUUACAGAGAAUGCGGUGGGUUCUACUGCUGCCGAAGAAUCUCCUGCAACAAGUACCAAUAAUGUAAACGGAGAAGAUGAUCAUCAGGAUUUAAGUUCUAUUGGGGAUAUAACGAUCGAUAGCGUGAAGGAUCAUCUACUUAACACUUCACUUUUCAGAAAUGCGACGUCUUCCGAAGAACUUCAUAAUCGUCUUGCUGGACUUAAAAUGGAGGUGACCUCGAGAACAUCGGAAAUUUCCGCUCAAAACCAAUCUCUCGUUGUAAAGACCACAACCGUUGUUUCACAAACAACCAACAAUACUACCGUUAAUGGAGAGAUCGAAACAAGUCAGACAAACGAAACACAGUAAAUGAACAAUUAAUUCAACUGAUUUGUGAAACUUGGAAAUAACGACAACUAUAACUACU